AUGUCGCAAAUUCCUAAGACUCCCGCCCUGAACACUGAACAUCCACCAUAUGCGAGUCCCACGAGUGAAUCCAGUAUGAUGGAGCCAGAUGCUCAGAUCUCUGCGCCCAAACCUCAUAAUCCUGAACCUCUCCUGUUAUUUUCAGAUACACCCAGCCCGGCGGAACCAGACCUCCAGAUCUCUGCCCUGGAACUUCAAAAUCACGGACUAACGUCAGCAUCUGCGGAUAAUACCGGCCCGCAGAAGUUUGGGACAGCUGUUCAGGUGUCGGCAACUGAGAUCGAGAAUCCAGAAAUUCCGCUAGUAUCCGGAGACAACCUAAACCCGAAAAAGGUCGAACCAGCCAUUCGAAUCUCUACUGUGGAAUUUAACACUCCAACAUCUCGGCCAGUAUCUGCAGAUAAGUAUUCCAGAUUCAGGAAUUCCCAGUUGGAUAUCAAAAUUCCUCCCGUGGGAGAUCAGAGCCUCAAACCUCAGGAUAUUUCCAGCCCGAAAAAGAUUGAUACGAAUGCUCGAGUAUCUUCAGUGGAUCCCAAGAACCAGGGACCCUCGCGGGAACGAACUUUAAGUAUUCCCGGUGUUCAAAGCUCAUACACUUAUUGGAGGUCAAUCCGCGAAAACUUUACGAAGAUCCCGGAAAUCAACACGCAGCUAGUCGCAGCAGCUAGUAAAGGCCGAGAUGCAAAAAGAGUUUCAGAAAUACUGGAUCAAGAUAUAACCCUUCCUCCACAAGAUAUCACAUAUUGGAAGACGGCAUUGCAAGAUGCAGCAGAAGAUGGCCGUUGGGAGGCCGUGGAGUUGUUACUGAAGGUCGGGAGAAAAGUCAAUAACAAUGCCGAUACUGUGGAUGGUCUUGCUGAAGUAGUAGAUAACGUUGCUAUAAAGGGAGAAAUGACUGCUGUGAAAUUGCUACUGAAGGGAAUCGCCGCCAACGGAAAAUCGAAAGAAGGGAAAAGAACUAACUUACAGCUAGCAGCGGGAAAAGGAUACAAGUCGGCGGUGACUUUACUUUUAGAAGAUUCCGAGGUCAACGAAUCCGCACUGGAACAACCCAAAGGGAGAACGGCUUUACAAGCAGCAGCUGAGGGCGGGCAUGAAGAAAUAGUAAGGAUUCUAUUGGACAAGGGCGCAAAUAUUAACGCACCGCCGGCACAAUAUAAGGGGAGAACAGCGCUGCAAGCAGCAGCUGGAGGAGGAUAUCAGGAGGUGGUGGAGCUUUUGUUACAAAGGGGCGGAGACACUCAGAUAAACGCACCCGCAUCAGCAUCUGAUGGGAGAACGGCGCUCCAAGCAGCAGCUGAAAAGGGACAUGGAGAUAUAGUGAAGUUACUAGUGGAACGCGGAGCCGACAUAGACGCCAAACCGUCAGCAAUAGGUGGAAUCAGCGCAAUCGAGGCAGCCAAUAAAGGAGAAUACAAGUCUAUAUCAGAGUAUUUCAAGCGUCUGACAACUCAUGGCUUACAUUCGUUCUGCCGGAAUGAUAAAGAAGUCGGCGAGGAGUUCCGUAAACUUCUUGACGGCGAAGCUUCGAAAACUAUUAUCAAUUCAAGAGAUAGCGCAGGGCAGACUCCAUUACACAUUGCUGCAGUUCGACCUUUCAAAGAUGCUGUCGUUUUAUUGCUAGAAAAGGGGGCAAAAACUGAUAAGACUGAUCUAGACGACCGAAACCCAUUAGAGUCAACGAUUUUUGAACUCCUAAAAGUCCGUGAAUUGACAGCAUUGAAGGCUAUAAAGAAGGAAAUGGAUACAAAAAAGACAAAUUCAGGCGGCCAAAUCGUUCCAGAAUCCGCGACCUUAACUAGAGCCGAUGGACUACUGGAAAUUAUCUUGCUCUUGCUAAAGCAUGGUGCCGCUCCUCAUGCUCACAACAUCGAUCAGUCCCUGGCUUGGCGCAAAAUAUUUCCCUGCCCAGAGGGUGAAAGCGAUGAAAUCUUUGAGCUAAAAGAGAUACGGCAUCCCGAGAUCAUCAGCAAUUCAGGGUAUUCCGCCAAGUACAAAGAAAUACAGGCAGAAACACCAAAUAAAAAGAAGUCAUGUCAUCGUAUUGAAAAUAAGCUCUCGUAUAUGUCUUUUGACGACUCAAUCCUUUCACUCGCAGACAUGAAAACCGCUGAAGAAUGGAUCUCUGAUCACAAUGCUCCUACGAGAUCUCUCUGUCUCGAGCUACUACAACCUCCUACUGCACCUAGGCCUGGAGAACUUCCGCGGCCGGCUACAGUACUGAGGUGGUUGCCAUGCGACCCGAGACGACUUGAUGGGUGGAAUACCGACCUACCAAGGUUGACAAAUGUAUACGUUUCGCCGAUUAUAAUUAAAUACUCUAUAAAGUAUGAAUUCUUUAUUGUCGUCGAUGCUACAAAGCAGAGUGGUCUUAAACUAGCUGGCCUUAAACUUGAACGUCGGGCUGGCCACAUUUCAUGGACCAUGCUAGCGCGGGCGAACGGCGACGACAAGCGUUCUUCCGAGAGUUAUAAGCCCAAAGUACAGGUACAGACCGUCAAAUAUCGAAGCACCUUAAACCACCGUUGGAUUCCUAAUCACUCGUUGGAACUCUUCACAUUAUUCUUUGAUGACUUGCACAGAAUAUGGGAGGAUCUUCUUAUUGCAUCACGAGAUCACCUAGAUGAAGACCAUGGUGAACUACUCAGAAGCAAAUAUGGUCAAGAGCAGACCUCUAAGACUACAUUUUACCUGGAACAUCUCUUUGCGGACGCGAGAACAUGGAGUCAAUUUCGGGCCCAAUUAACAUCGCAUGUACAGAUUUGCAAUAAAACACUAAUCCAGUAUAAAGGUGACAGCUUUUUCUCUCGGGAAAUUGACUGGGCUGGAUGCCCAGAAAGUCGAUUCAAAGAAGAGCUUGCGUUGUUAUCAGAGAGAGUUUUGAAGUUUGAAUCCAGAUUUAAAGAAGAAAUAACUGCUUUAGAGAUAAAAACACAAGGACUGGUUGACUUUAAACUAAAUCUACUUCAAGCCUACGAGUCUCAAAGGUCGAACACAACAGCUAUUGGCAUGAAACGACUUAGCUGGAUUACUUUUAUAUUCCUGCCAUCAAUGUUUGUCGCGAGUUUAUUUGGGAUGAACAUCGACAUACUUUCUGGGGGUCCUAAUUGGUCGUGGUAUCCUAUCUUUUGCGUUCCUGUCUUGGUCCUGGUGAUCUUUACAUGGUUGGUCUGCAAGUAUAUUGAGGAAUACCUACAAAACAAGAGGAUGGAGAAAAACAAAGCAGACCGAGAUAUUGAUCUUGAAGCCCGUGCCUUCAGUACCAAAACUAGUACAUUCCAUAUGCCUCAUUUAAGCGGGACGAAAAAGUCGAAAUACUGCUGA